AUGUGUGUGCUGUGAUUGUCUGUGACUUUCUGGGACAAACAGUUUGUGAGGGCUGUAGGGUGAGGCAGGGUGACAGCAAAGCACUGGCCACUGGACUUUGGGUUCAUUACCACUUGGCUAGCUAUAUAAGCAGGCGCAACCUCCAAAGCUGAACACAUGCGCUGCUGAGAGGACUUGAAGAUAUACUAAUAAACUAAGAAUCUAAGCGCCAUGAAGGUCCUUGUCGUGUUCACCCUUGCCAUUUUCACUGGCUGUCAAGCCAACCUCUUUUACGCUGAUGAGCCCAAGCCUCAGCUGGAAGUGUUGACUGAUGCCUUCUGGGACUAUGUUGCCAAGGCAACCCAGACAGCUGAUGACACCCUGCAGAUGAUCAAGAAAUCUCAGUUUGGGCAGGAUGUGAAUGCUCGUCUGACAGAAAGUGCUGACAUAGCCAGCAGGUAUGCAGUCACCCUGCAGGAGCAGCUGCCCCCGAUGGCCCAGGACCUGAUGACCAAGAUCACCACAGAGGCUGAAGUGCUUAGGGAGAGUCUGAGCCAAGACCUGAGCACUGUCAGGGACAAGUUGGAGCCCUACGCUGAGGACAUGAAGGUCAAGGUCCAGCAGCGGGUGGAGCAGCUGAAACAGGAGCUGGCCCCCUACGCAGAGUCCCUUGACUCUGAGGCCCUGAAGACCACCCUCAUGCAGAAGAGCGAGGAGCUGAAGACCAGCCUGGAGCAGAGCUUCCAGGAGCUCCAGUCUCAGCUGGGCCCCUACACAGAGGAGCUGAAGCAGAAAGUGGACCAGCAUCUGCAGGACUUCAAGGAGAAGGUGGUCCCCAUGACCGAGAGGGUCCAGGUUGAGGUCUUAAACAGAGCCCAGCAGGUGAAAGACUUGGUGGCUCCCUAUGCUGAGGACCUGAGUGAAAAGUUGGACCCCUACGCCCAGGACCUCCGUGCCCGGCUCAUCUCCCUCUACCAGUCAUUUGUCUCUGCCAAAUAAGUCAACCUCCCCCUUUCAUUAACGAAAGACAUCCAAAAAAAGUCUCUGAACACUCCCAUGUUGUAAACAGAGCAAGCGGAAAAGUUCACUUGUUUUUAAAGUCCCACAUUUCUACAGAUAGAUGUAUUUUUAUAUGUAUGAACAUACCCUCAGAUGAACCUGGGUUUGUUUUGUUGUUGAGUUUCGGUCUGUGACCAUAUGAUAUUCUGUGUUUUCUUCCUGUUAUUGAAAUAAAACAAAAGGAAAAGAUAA